AUGUCUUUGUAAAGACAAACAACUGGAAAGAGCAGAAGCAGUGAUACUUGAUGGUAUAAGAGUUGGAGUAACAUCAGAUUUGGUGACUUACAAUACUCUGAUCACAGCAUACUGUCAUUUUGCAUGGCUUGUUAUCUCGAUGCAUUGACCUGUUGGAAGAAAUGCUUGAGGUGGGUAUUCUGCCUGAUAUAUGGACUUAUAAUACAUUGAUGAAUUGCUUGUUUCGACUGGGAAAACCAGAUGAAGCCUACAAGUUUUUUCAGCACAUUUUUUUGGGAAAUGUGCACCCUUGUCCAGUCACAUUUAAUAUUCUAUUUAGUGGUCUUUGCUUGAAUGGGCAUACAGAAAAGGCUCUCGUGUUAUUUAAGAACUUAAAGCAUUCUGGGUUUAUUCCACAGUUGGUAACAUACAACAUCCUUAUCCACGGGCUUUGCAAUUUAGGACGUUGGGUGCCUGCAAGAAGGCUUCUCAAUGAACUAAUUCACAUAGGUUAUAACCCAAAUGCCAUAACAUAUACUACAAUAAUGAAAUGCUGUUUUAGGUCAAGACGAUUUGAAGAAGGGCUUCAUAUAUUGGAAGAGAUGAGAAGGGAAGGAUAUAUCUUUGAUUCAUUUGCAUAUUGUACAAUCAUUAGCUUCUUAAUUAAGGCGGGCAGGAUGGAGGAUGCGUAUAAUUGUGUAGCAAAUAUGAUCAUGAAUGGAAUUGAGUUUGAUUUAGUGGCUUACAACAUCCUUCUUAAUUUUUACUGUAAGGAAGGUAAACUGGAUGAUGCGUACAUGUUGUUGGAUGAAGCAGAAAGAAGAGGGUUUGACUGUGACAAAUACACGCACACCAUAUUAAUAGAUGGGCUGUGCAAGGCUGGAAAUAUGACCAUGGCAAUUCGUCGUUUGAACUGUAUAAAAUUGAUGGGUUUCGACUCAAGUUUGGUUGCUUUCAAUUGCUGUAUUGAUGGGUUGUGUAAAGUUGGUGAGGUUGAUCAUGCAUUAAGGUUGUUCAAUUCAAUGGACAAGAAAGAUUGUUUUACCUAUUCAUCACUAGUGAAUGGUCUUUGCAAGGCUAAGAGGUUUCAUGUAGCGGCAAACCUAUUGCUUUCAGGUAUCAGAAGUGGUAUGAAGAUUCUAGAAUCAGAUGCUCGAGCAGUUAUUGACUGUCUUCAAUAUUAUGGCUUUAUGCAUGAAGCUAGGGAGCUCUGUUCAAAGAUUCAGUUGGCCCAGAUAUUGAACUACAAGUAACCUAUCAAACAAAGAUGUUGUGUUAGAGGUGAUCUAUAUCACUUGACUUAACACUUCUAUCGGAGCAAGGUGUUUUCAUGAAUCUACGGGAAUGGAAUGAAUUGCCACUCUAUUACAUUCUUACGACGAUAACAAUCUCCCGUCACAUUGAAGUCUUUUCCACAAAGAAUGAACAAAAACGUGAAUCUAGCAUCUCAAAAGACUUGAAGUGUGCAGACCUUUGGAAGGUUUACUUUGCAAACUGUAAGAGCCACAUCCUGCUGAUCAUAAUGGCGACUAGUUUCCUGACUAACACUACUCAAAAUUAAUUGUAUUGACAUUCUAGCUUUCUUAUACAGGUCUGUCUAUGAAACUUUGAGACUCUGGGUGGAGAUCCUACCACACAGUUACAUUUUAGAGGUUUCACUUGAUUCUUUAGAACUUAGUAAAUUGUAAAGGCAAAAUGCAGUUGACCUCAUUGUGGCGUCGCAUUACAAUUAACACUGUCAAAUGAAUGUGAACACAACCUGACUGGACAGAAAAGCCCCAUUACUCAUGAAUUCAGAAAGAGAGAAGAUUCUACACAAGGGUUCCUACCGAUGUUGCAUGAAGACAGGUUUCAUCAUUAAUCAAUCAACUUGUAUGAUGUAUCAACAAGCCCAGGAAUGCAGCUUCAGGGGUUGGCUAAAAAUAGUGAACAGCAGGCUCAAGGAUCAAUUUCUAUCUCCAUCACUGCCUAAUCCAGUUUACCUAUGUAUGU